GUGAGCGCCAAGAUUUAGGAGGCACAGCUGUCUGCUGGGAGCAGGCAUUGGAGAUAGGGUACAGGAAAGUAAAAUACGGAAGGUCACUGGACUUAUGAGAAGAUAUUGAGUCAGGAAGCAAAGAACACUGGGAGAGAGAGAGAGAGUGAAGAGAGGGAGGAAACGGAGAGCGAGAGAACACUGAUUCCCACACUGGCAGGCUGGCAGUAAGCUCUCCGCUCUGAUCUGUCCUCUUUAAUGGGGUUUCAUGCCUGUGCUGGCAGUGUUGGGGAUCCGCAUUUUGAACGGGGCCUAAAUGGAGGAAGCAAAUGCCGCUCUCACUGUCUAAUGGAUCCUCAAGCUGCAACGUGGAACAGGAUCUAUAGAAGGAGCUAAGAAGAACCUCAAUGAAGGCAGCUCGAGAAAGCCUGGCAGAUAUGAGAGUGAUACUGCUGUGUGCCCUCCUCACCCUCUCGUCAUCUCACACCUGCCCAAAGGAGUGUAGCUGCAACAUGAACACCAAAGCUGUGGACUGUCGGGGCCGAGGACUGUACGACAUCCCCCGGCGAUUAAACCAGGACACACAAGAACUGUAUCUGCAGGACAACCGUAUCCGCGGACUAGGAUCCAUGGCUUUUCGUGACAUCCCCCAUCUCAGAGUUCUCGAUCUGUCCAACAACUCCAUCACGUCUAUUUCACCGACGUCUUUUCUGGGUCUCCGAAAUCUGCUGCACCUAAACUUGGCUCACAACAGCCUGAAGGAUCUUGACAAGCGGUGGUUUGGACAUAUUCGCUCUCUCUCACACCUGGAUCUCUCACACAACAGCUUGUGGGGACUGCCUAUAGCCAUGGGGGAUAACCAGAAAAACCUCAGUCACUUGGACCUAGCAAACAACAGGAUAACACGAUUGGACCGAUCCAUGUUGGAGGCCAUGGUGCGCCUGAACAGUAUCACGCUACGCAACAACCCCUGGAGAUGCGACUGUCAGCUCAUUGGCCUCAAACUCUGGCUGGAGACAUACAGUUUUAAAGGCGGAGCAGUGGACGAGGUGAUUUGCAGCCAUCCAGAGGAAAUGAAAGACAGGGAUCUGCAGAAGGUUCCCUACCAGCUCUUCCACGCCUGCAUGGCCACCAGCUAUCAUUACUUGUUCGCUAACAUCCAUCACCUGGAGUCAGAGAGGCUACUACAAGGUCACAUUCACGGCAACCACGCUCACCCAUCCGGACACACCCUCCACGUGCCGCUGUCCGUGGGAGAGGGCCUGGGUGAGGGAAGAGGAAGUUUGCCUGAGUGUGAACCCAAGCAGAGGCAACGACCUGUAAACUUGCGUCAUGCCAUUGCUACAGUGAUCAUCACCGGCGUGGUUUGUGGGAUUGUCUGCCUGAUGAUGCUGGCGGCUGCAGUGUAUGGAUGCGCCUACGCCGCUAUCAUGGCCAAAUAUCAGCGGGAGCUGAAGAAAAACGAGGAGUUGUCAGCUGCCAAAGCAGCGGAUCACGCCUCAGCAGAUGAGAAGGAACCUCUGGAGAACGCCAUCGCCUAGGAAACCACAACAUGAACUUUUAAAACUCUCUCCUAAGCCCUUUAAAGUUGCUCUGGAUGAUGUGCUUUGAGAGAACGUGACGGAAAAAAGAAGAGAUUUAUUUUUUGUUUGUUCUGUGUACGUCUAAGUUACACAAAAGAUUUGGGUAGCUAGGUAUUUAACUAUGCACUAAAAAAAACAUCCAGGUUUGUGGCGCAGGCCAAAGAAUCUAACAUGAACAUUUCCAUGAAGCUGAGAAAUGCAUAUCAUAGAGAAAUACAAAACACUAUAUUUGUAGUUGUGUAUUUGUAUGUAAUUUGUUGACCUCUGGUAUUUGUAAUUCUUUUUAAGAAUUUCUUUCAGCUGUCUUUAUGAAAACACAGCUGCGGUGUGCUAAUUUAUAUGUUCCUUCAUAUGUAUUGUGUCUUCAACUGCCUGUGUGUGCGUAAAUUGAGAGCACAUUCACAUUCAGAGAGAGUUCAGAGUCUGUGCCUAAAUGUGUGGUAUAAAUCUCAAUAUAUGUUUCUCUGAUGUGCUCAUGUGAUGAUGGGGUGUGGUGGGGGGGAUUCGUUGCAGCAAUAAUGAAACACUCAGGCAAAAACAACAACAGAACUUGAACCUGAGCCAUGUUGUUUUUCACUUUACGGGUUAGUGAGGCUGACUUUUAGUCCACGAAAUACAUCCACGCAGAGAGAACUGUGACCUCAGUGGAGUCUUGGGUAUGAGUCAAUGGCCGUUGCAUAACGUCUCAGUAUGUAUUAUAUAAAACAUAGGGAGAUUCUUUCCCACUGUGUGUAUAUUGACCGUUCAUUUGUAUGCUAAAGAAUCAAAAUAUAUAUUGGAAGA